AUGGCAGGGGCCAAAGAGAGAUCCGAGUAUUCAGGCUCUAAGCCAUCAUCCCAGUCAUGGUUGAACCCCAAGAAGUGGAUGUCUGGAUUGGACCUUGAUCUGUGGUCGUUACUGAUGCUUGCCAAGGGUGCACUCACGCUAGUCUUGGUUAUUUCCAUGCAAAGCACCGCCGUAGCUAACAUUACGGUUACUACUGGUUACCUCGCCACCCUUAUCUCCGUGUCAGCACAAUGUCUGCUCCCACGCGCAAAGUAUCUCAAGAUACUCUUCUUCGCUCUUUUGGCCUCAUGCAUGGCCGCUGCAUUGUGCUGUCUCGCCUGUUUCACAGCGAUCAAGGCGCGAAGGUCUCACAGCACCGCAGAUGGUGUCGAUACCGGACUUGGAAUAUAUGACAGCACAGCCAGCGCGGUUAGCGGUAUUUGGCUUUUUGUAAUGAUAUGGGUCGCUAACGGCAUUCGAGCAUGGCGCCCAAGCGAGCUCCAGGACCCGAUGGUUGCAUUCUCCAUCUUCGUUGUAGUGACUCUCACCAGAGGCGGUGCCUUUCAAACCACUUCGGACGCGCUUGAAUUUGUCAAUCGCCUUCUGAAAACCUUUCUUAUUGGUUAUUCUGUGGCCACCGCCGUUUCAUUGUUCGUUCUUCCCAUGACUUGCCGGCAGAUUGUCCUCGAUGACAUGCACACAUUUACCAAGAAGGCCCAAGAUGUAUCUGCCCAUUUCUGUGUCUAUCUGCAAAAUCUUACAGAAAAGGCACCUCCGUCCCUGGGCGAGCCGAGUGAUGCGAGAAUUAGGGUCAAUGGCGAUGCUGAGGCCGAUCGCACCAACCUUGUUGCGUCAGUCAAGAAGCUGCAUAUUUUGCUCGAUAAUAUCCAAGGAAAUAUGCCCUAUGUGAUGGACGAGGUCGCUUUCGGAAAGCUAAGCGGCAAUGACAUUGAAUAUGUAGCUCGCCUCUUACGACACCUUCUUAGGCCACUUUCUGGUUUACCGGAAUUUCCCCAGCUUGUCGACAAGCUAGGUCAACAAGGUUUAAUCUGGAAAACAAACCCAGGGCAUCAAGAGGCUGCUGCACUUGACCACACCAAGCGAACCAUGUCCUCGAUCAACGCAAAUCUAUCAACCGCCCACGACCUGUUUACCGAUGGACUACGGUUGUCAAUGUCGCAGCUCGAAAUUGGGGAAUGUAUCGACCCAUCUCAUCAAACCUCGAUGUCACAACAAGACUCUGGUUUGAACCUUCUCAACGAGAUUAGACGGCAUAUUGAAGAAUCACGAAGGUUUGGAUGGAAGGAUGAGAACGAAAUCACGGAAACCUCAUAUAAUGCUAAACAGCAUCCCUCGGCCCUGUAUCUCCUGUCCAUGUAUGCUAUGGCCCUUGAAGCUACUCUUGCUCUAGCAUCCUUUGCCCAUUCCAAAACUAAGGACGGAACAAUGGCAAGGUGCCGACUUAUCUAUCCCAAGCAUCUGUUCGAGGCUUUCGAUCCAAAGACAUCGUCGAGAAAAGCCCGCAAAGCUCCUGACGGAAGCAUGGUCAUCAAUGCAGAGCACAUGGAACCAGACAACGCUUGGCAAAGAACAAGUGGCCACUUCCGCAUCAUUCCACGUCUUUUAGGGUCGGACUUGAGUGUGUUCGGUCUGCGAGUGGCAGUGGCCUCUUUUUCAGUUGCCAUUGUCGCUUACUUGGAAGACACAUACGAGUUCUUCAUCCGACAGAGAGGUGUAUGGGCAAUGAUUGUUAUUGUCAUCGGCAUGGGUGCGACGAGCGGCCAGUCUGCUUCGGGUUUUGUUGCUCGAAUCAUUGCUACCAUUGUUUCUCUUGCACUCAGCUUUGCUGCUUGGUACAUGGUUGUUGGACACACUCCUGGUGUGAUUGUUCUACUGUUCAUCGCAAACAUCAUUGAGGUUAAAAAGCUCGGCAAGGAAAGGGCUGAAUCUGGAGGACAACCAUACUAUCCCAUUUAUCUAUUUGGUCCCUACAAGCUCGCUUGCGUCGUCAUCGGUUGCGCAGUCUCUUUCUUCUGGGUCGUAUUUCCCUAUCCGAUUACCGCCAAGUCCAAGGUCCCGGGGCUAGUUGGACAGUCUCUCUUUAACCUUGCCAGAUUUUAUAGUCAUGUGCAUAACUCUUCCUGGGGGUCAAUGCAGGAGAGCAAUGGUCUAUCACCAAUUCUAACUGGGCCUGGUUCACCUUCGAGGAUGAUUCUAGCAACUCUAUAUCGUCAACAACUACACAUCUUUACUAGCCUCCGAGUACACAUGGACUUUGCCAAGUAUGAACCCUCUAUAGGAGGCAAAUUCCCCCUGGCAAUAUACAACGAAAUGACAUCCUUAUCUCAUUCUGCUUUGCAAAACAAACAACCUCUUCCUCCGUUCAUGUCUGUGCGCGGUUAUUUGACUCCUGUACAACACUUCCAAAAACUCGAAAAUGAUAUACGACACACAAACGGCGUACAGAGACUAGGAACGUCUGUCUUGGUGACCAUGCGGCUCUUGGAAAUUGCCAUGUAUCUCAAGCUAAGAGAACUGUUAGAGUAA